UUUAACUAUCCCGUAAUAAUGAUUCGACAUCAUUCUUGGGUGAAUAGGGCCGCACAUACACUCAAGGUAUACUUGUCGCGCCACAUAUCCACACCAAACCUCAAAUUUUCUGCAUUUAUAAUCGCAUUACUCUCAUGUCUUUGUUCAGGGUCAAUUUUGCUCUUUUCAUUAUUUUCCCUUUCAAUCCAUGAAACUUUGGGAUUAAGUUAUGUUCUGAUUAACUUCAUUUCAUCACUCUCAGCCUUGGGGAUGUACUUGUGUCUCCCCAUCUUGGGAUAUUUGGCAGAUUGUUAUGGCCCCAGUAUCCUUUCAAUUUUGUCAGUUUGGUUUUAUAUCCCUAGUUAUUAUUUUGCUGCUAAAGUUAUUCAAUUUGGUAUCUCUCAAAAUAAUAAUAAUAAUAAUAAUUUAUCAGAUAUUACUAUUCCAAUUCAAAAAUCUCAAAAUUUUUAUCUUUAUUCCUUAGGAGGAUCAUUUUUUUGUGUUGGAUUGGCAACUUCUGCUCUUUUCUUUCUGAGUCUUUUAACUUGUGCCAAAAUAUAUCCUGAUUAUAAGGGACUUUCCAUUUCACUCCCAGUUAGUUGCUUUGGAUUGUCUUCUUUAUUACUCUCUCAAUUAUUAAAAUUGAAUUAUUUCCAUUUAAAUCAUACCAAAAGUUUAGAUUUAAUUAAAGUUUUCAAAUUCUUUACAUAUUUAUAUCUAAUUGUUGGAUUUUUCCAUUUUAUGGCUUGUUCAAUAGUUAGUAUUGAAUCUAAAGUAUUAUUUGGUCAUGAUGAAUCUACUCCCUUAUUACAAGAUCAACAAAAUGAAGAGAGUGAUGAUGAUGAUGAUGAAUUAAUUCCUUCAAGAGCUCUGGUUGAACCAAAUGAUCAUAAACAAAGAUUUUCUGCAUUUUUAAGAGAUCCAUCAGCUUGGAUUUUCUUAAUUUCAUUACUUAUAAACGUUGGUCCCAUGGAAAGUUUCCAAAAUAAUUUAGGUUCCAUCAUACAAAACGUAAGAGGUCCAGAAGUGGAUCUUGCUGAUCAAGUUAGUCUUAUGGCUACUUCAUCUACAAUUACAAGAAUAGCAAUUGGAUUAUUUUCUGAUUAUUUAUCAUCUGAAUCAAGAAAAUAUCCAAUUUGUAGAAUUUGGUUAUUAAGUGGUCUUAUCUUAUUGGGAGGUAUUGGUCAAAUAUUACCAAUGUAUGAAAAAUCUCCAUUUGGACUUGUUUCCAUAUUUAGUGGUGCUACAUAUGGUGGACUUUUCACCAUUUAUCCAACCAUUGUCGCCACCAUUUGGGGAAUUGAUAUCAUGGGUUCCACUUGGGGGUCCUUCAUGGUUGCACCAGCAUUAGGUUCUGUCGGUUACUCGCUUUUCUACGGUUGGGAAGUCGAUACUUUCUGUUCAAAGGGUCAAAGUCAUUGUCUAGUUGAAUAUUUUGCAUUCACAAGUUUUAGUUUUAUUGCAAGUUUGGUACUUAUUUUAAUCGCAUGGAGGGUUUUUUGGUGGAAGAGAGGAUUUGCAAUUUUUUAACUAUAUAUAAAAAGUUAGAAUAUGAAUUUAUAUUAAUUCAUACAUUAAUUAUACGAUUGUAAUGAUAGGGGUAAUUACAUAAAAUGGG